AUGCCACUUCCUGUCUUUCUAUACUGGACUCUUCCAAUUGGUCUUGGAAUUGGGGCGGGUGUUUUGACAGCUCUAAUAGUUCAUCGCAAUGAAGUUGAAGAAUUUUUUGAAGAUGCUACAUUAUCAGUGAUGGACAAAAUGAGCGUUGCCAUCGAAAAGCGAAAAAUACAGAGGAAAGAGGCCGUCGGUGUUUUAGCAGCCGGUUCUGAAUCGGACGACUUGUUUUUAGGAACUGCAACGUUAUCUGGGGCUACAUUCCAAAACGAAAAGGAAUCAUCGUCAAAAAUCACGAAUAGAAGAAAGCCCCACGGUUUAAAUAGGGAAGAUAUUGACCAAUGGAUAAUGUCGCAAAGUUCUGAAGAGGAUACAUAUGCCCCUGUACCAAGCGAGACAUCGGCACCUUCUAGUUCUGGUUUAAGUGGAAUCACUCCAUCGAUUACAUCAGAGUAG